AUGGCGAGCGCAAAGCAGCAGGAGAAUAUGCUCCUUACCGAGCACUUUACUUGGCCUCCGAUUUCCCUAAUCGACGACAUUAUCAACGCUGUCAACGAAGUCCUAUACCGCUGCACCGACUCCUUCGAAACUGGCCUCUCAUCCGCGGACCCAGCCCUACUCGGCUUCGCAGACCUCUACGCCUCGCAAGGUCGCACACCGCAGAAAGAUGAAGACGGAAACAAUGUAUAUCCUGAGGCGCGACUGGAAAUCGAAGAAGGAGUCUUGAAACUCGAGACACUCAUGGAAAAUGCGGUAGACAAGAACUUUGACAAAUUGGAGAUUUGGACGCUGAGAAAUGUGUUUGCGCUUGGAAGAGGGAAAGGCGAGGAUGAAGGACUAGGAGAUUGGGUCAGAUUAGGACAUUACGAAAACAUCCAACCCCCCUCCAAAGACACCAGCCUAACGCCCGAAUCCCUCUACACCCUCCGCCGCAAACUCCUCGAAACACGCACUCUCCAUGCCGCCCUAAUCGCAGAAAAAACCCGCAACGAAGCCCAAAUCGCGCGCCUAAAAUCCCUCCUCAGUCCUCCAUCUUCUUCUUCUUCCACGCUGCCAAAGCGCGAAACACGCAGCUCAACAACCUCAGCUACAGAAACCUCAAGCAACACCGACACCACCACCACCGCACCCUUCGCCUUCCUCUCCUCAACCCCUGCAGCCCAAGCCCUAGGCAUCCAAACCACCCCCCAGACAAGCGAUAAAGCCGCAACAACAACAACAUCUCCACCACUAACCACCCACACCACAUUCACAACAACACAACUCCCCUACCUCCGCCAACUCGUCGCAUCCCUAAAACCCCAUCUCGCCUCCUCUACCUCUUCAUCCUCCACAGCAGGAGCGCAAGAUACAUCACAAGACCGCAGUGCCCAGCGUCGCCUCUACAUCGAAGCCCAGUCUAAACGCGUGCUGGAGCGGCGUGGGGUGGAUACUACGGAUGGGGUCGAGGGCGCGUGGGAGGUUGGUGGGACGAGGGUUAGGGGCGAGGAAGUUAGGGGGUUGGAGGGCUUGUUUCCGGGGAACAAGAUGGAGAAGGAAGGGGAGGUGGAAGAGGGAGAUAAGAUGGAUUUGAGUUGA